AUGCAGCUUACUUUUAUAGCAAGUACUCAUGCAGCUAUAUCUCCGGAAGUUUAUUGGAAAAUAAAAUUGCCUAAAGCUCAAAUUCCCAAAGUGAUCAAAGAUUUACUUUCCCAAGCAGAUGAUGGCAUUCUUGACACAAAGAAGAAAGUAUACUAUGGUUUACACCAACAUGGAGCCUGGAUUUUCCAUGCUGCUACCGAGGAUGAGAUUCACGAGUUAAAAAAUGAGACCCCUACCCAAAGCGAUCAUCAAGAUAACAAUUUCCUUUACAAACCUUACUUCUUCGAAAAAGAAUUAGUGAAAGGGAAAGUCAUCAACUUUCCCUCUCUAAAGAACAAAAACAAAGCACCAUUUUGGCCUCGACAAUUUGUGGAAUCCAUUCCCUUCUCAUCGAAAAAAAUCCCACAAAUUCUAAACUAUUUCUCAAUAAAUAACAACUCAAAAGAUGCUAAAACAAUUGAGGAAACAGUCAAAGUAUGUGAAGAACCCGCGAUGAAAGGAGAGAAAAGAAAGUGUGCAACUUCUUUAGAGUCUAUGGUAGAUUUUGGGAUAUUCAUGCUUGGAACAAACAAUGUUAAGGUAGUUACAACAGAGGUACAAGGAGAAAAUCAAAUGGUGCAAAAAUACACCAUUAAAGAAGUCGAACUCAUGGCUGAUGGACUUAACAUGAUAUGCCACAAACUUAACUACGCGUAUGCAGUGCAUUUUUGUCAUGGUGGAGGAGGUACAAAGACAUAUAUGGUAUCGAUGAUUGCUGUUGAUGGAACAAAGGUUAAAGCAAUAUCAAUAUGCCACAAAGAUACAUCUCUUUGGAAUCCAAAAGGAUUGCCUUUUGUAGUGCUUAAUGCUAAGCCUGGUGCUCCCUCUAUUUGUCAUUACCUUCAAGAUGAUCAAAUCGUUUUUCUCCCUUUUGUUUCAUAAGUUCGAUGUAAAUAUCAAGUGCAGGUAAAUAUAUAUAAUCCUAGA